AUGCUUAGAAGCGACAGGGGCGCGAACGGCGCGCGGGCGGAAGUUUCAAACAAAGCGCGCAGGCGCUUUGUAGAAGAAAUCCCCCCACACUUAGGGCUGAGCAGAGUGGAGGGGAAAGGCAACGAUCGACUGUGCUGGUCUCGACCCGCGUGGCCUGGUCGUGGGGUGAAGGGUUACGGGCGUGACGGAGUGGUCGUCGCCGUGGAAGCGGAGGCCUCCCGUUGCCGUAGUCAGGGCCUGCCAAGAGGUUGAAUCGCAGCUGGGGGUGGGGAGAUUGCCUCAAAGGGCAGAAGGACCAGAGGUGUCCGGCCUUGGGAAACCCUAGUGGUUGGGUUGCACGUCUGAGACGGUUUUUUUUUAGCCCUAUCCCACCCAUACUCAUUUCUCUAAAGGCUAGCCUGAAGAAGAACUGGGGGGCGAGCUCGAAAACUCGCCUCCUACCAUGACAGAUCGACCCUACUCAGAAGUACACCCCACCUAGUUCAGUGGAACUUGUUCCCAGGUAAGCGUGCCUAAAAGAACAACCUGAAAGCUCCUGCAUUAAGAUCAGGAAGGGAGUUUAGUGGCACCUCAGAGACCAACAAGACAUCCAGGGUAUGAGCUUUCGAGAGUCAACGCUCCCUUCUUCAGAUACCUGUAACUAGCUGCAUUAUCUCUUUCCGUUGGCGUUUGAGAUGUGCUUAAUGGUGGCAAGAUCGUGCCCACAGUUGUGAUCCUUUUGGACUCUGCAAGUUUUCCAGCAAUGGAGGAGGCCAGCACUGUGGAGGAAGGAGAAGUGACCUCGGGGAUGCAGUCCUUGGCAGUAGAAGAUGGGCCUGCCUCAGAGCUGACCACUCCCACAGAGGAACAAGAGGAGGCACCAGGAGAAGCAGAGGGGGAACAUGCAGGAAAGGGAAGGGAAUCCGCCGAGGACGAUUGGUGUGUGCCCUGCAGUGAUGAGGAGCUGGACUCCCCAGACAGCUGGAUGCCUCCACCUGGGGAGAUCCGGCGUCUCUAUGAACUCAUUGCUGAUCAGGGGACUUUGGAGAUCCAGGCUGAAAUUUUGCCCCGACGCAACCCCACCCCAGAGCCAGACAGUGAAGAUGAGGAUAAAUCUGAGGGACAGCCUGACAAUCAGGAAGAAGAAGAAGAGGAAAAGCCUCAUGUGCCAACAGAGUUUGACUUCGAUGAUGAGCCUAUCUCACCCAAAAGCUCCUUGAUCGAUCGCCGGAGAACCCCUGGGACUGCGGCUAAGAGCCAGAAGAGGGAGGCCCGCCUGGAUAAGGUGUUGUCAGACAUGAAGCGCCACAAAGUCUUAGAAGAACAGAUUUUGAAGACUGGCAGGGACCUCUUUGACCUCGACUCAGAUGACGUGCCCACUCCAAAACGGCCCCCAGGUCUUUUCUUGCGCCAGCGCAAAUAUUGAUUACAGUGAAGAAGAAGACAGGCUUUUGGACUUUGGGGGUGGGUGGGGAAAGGGAGCCAAGUGCUCUUGGGUUUUUGAACGUAAACACAAAUUAAUACACGGCCACAUGAAGGCAGGCGGUGUCUUGGUCUUUAGCUCCGAUCCUGCACUGGCUGUGGGAAGAAUUUACUUGGAGUUAUUCAGGAAUAAUAAAUUUCCAUGAGUUUGUUUUUUA